ACAGUGUCAUUACAUUGAAACCACAUCCAUCGAAGAAUAAUCAUCAUUCAAAUAUCCAACCAGUACCUCUUCAAACAUCGAUGGUCAAGGAAAGAUGGUCUAAAUAUGUGGCUCUCUGAUCCCAUACAUGUUGAACGACCUCACACUGGUUGGUGACUUUGCCAGUGGAAGCGCUGGGUUAUACUCACGCAUAGAAAAGGUACAAGUUACAGCAGCCUAUUCGACAGAUGGAAUUAGGAUUCCCAAGCGGCAAGGAGAAAUGUACAGCCUACGGCAUCCAAAGAUGUCGUUCUUAUCGUUCUGCCCCCAAGACCCACUCCAAACCAACUUCAGCCAGCCAAGCGUCGACCUCGAGUAGAUGUACGAGUAUCGCCAACAACCAUGGAAGACAUUAUACUUGACCUACCAGACGAUUACCACGACGGCCAUCAGAGUUCCGAUAUGGGUCGUACUCUCAAUGUUUCGUUCGGGUCGCCCUGUAGAAACGUGGUCAUUCAAGAAGACCAUGAUGACGAAGCUCCUUAAGCACAUGAUCACAGUUCUCGAGAAAGUUGGCGGGCGCGCACCCGCCCCCAAGCACCUUGCCAUUGCAGGCGGUGCAAAUGUAAAGGGUAAUUGGGUCUAUCCGGCUGAGCACCUCAUCGUUGGCGAUGUAAAGCAAUGGGCAGAAGACGCAGGCGUUGGGUGCAUCCGUAUUCCAGGAUAUUGGUUUGAGAAGAAGGGCGACAAUCGCAAAGCUGGAGAACCAGCCAAGCCUGGCGAGAAAGUUGUUUACGCCCUCCAUGGUGGUGGAUAUGGUGGACAAUCCGCUCAUCCUAGUGACUUGGCCUCCAACGUACCUCGAGGGAUCCUUGAAUAUGCUAAGACUGUUUCGCGAGCGUUCACACUGGAGUUUCGUCUUUCCACUGGUCCUCCCAAUGAGGCGGCGAACUCCUUCCCUGCUGCAUUAAUCGACGCUGUAGCCGGGUACAAUUACCUCGUGAAUGAAGUUGGUUUUCUAACCCAGAAUAUCAUCGUGGAGGGUGACUCUGCAGGAGGUAACCUCGCCCUGGCACUCGUUCGUUAUCUCAUCGAGAACAAAGAUGCCGGAAUACCUUCCUUCCCAGCUCCUCCCCACGAUCUCAUUCUUUUGUCACCAUGGGCAGACCUCGGCACUUCCCACAAGAUCGAGGGGACGUCUGUUUAUACCAAUGUCAAGACAGACUUUAUCGAUCUUCUCCACCCUUCGCGACUCGUACCGAACUUUUUAGGUCCGUUCGGUCUAGAUAUCGCCAAUCGCAAUCGGUAUAUUUCUCCUGCAUCCACAGCGCCUACGAUGGAGAAAGUCUCUUUCAAUGGUUUCCCAAGGACAUUCAUUGUCGCUGGAGGGGCGGAGGUCCUGCGAGACCAGAUACGUACCUUAAGAGAUAGGAUGGUCGUAGACCUGGGAAGCAGUCAGGUGGAAUACUAUGAACCUGCUGGUGCAGUUCAUGACUAUUUGAUUUUUCUUUGGUUCGAACCAGAGAGAACGGAGACCUUGGAGGCGAUUGCGAGGUGGCUUGCUUCUGAGUAAUGUUUCUAAAGGUAGUGUUUUGCUCGUAAAGUUUGUGGUCCCGCACCCGCUGCUGUUAUUUAUGCUGAAUCACAGAAUUUCCGAAUUAAGUCUGCGGGCGGCCUUUACGUGAUGGUUCGAACAAGCUGCA